GCUUGGCUUUUCACGUUUGACGUCGUUAAUCGAUUACGAAUUCCGCAAGAGUCAAGAGUUCUGUGUUCGAUUUGUACGAUUAUUCCCAGAUCAGUAAUGUGCAUUUUUUUGCGCUGAUAACUGCGAUUGUACUACGACCCGUUGACUAGCGAGCUAACCGCUGCAGACCGCGAAACAAUGGCCACGCACCGUCGUCUGCGCAUCCAGCUGAAUCAGCCCAGUGCACCGCCCGUGGUCGAACGCACCGAACCCCCCAUUUCCCCUCCCUGCACCCCGCUGUCUCCCGUCUCCGCAACCAACUUUCCUCCUACCACCAUCCACCCCUCGGACAGCUUCUCCUCUUCCGGCUUCAAGGAACCCGAUUCUGCCGAUCUUAGCACGACAUCGAAAUCGCUCAGUUCGCGUCUGGACGAUCUGUCGAUCAACUAUGCCGAACUGGAAAGUCUGCCGAAACCCGAGGCCCUUCCACGGCAGCCGGGGCAGUUUUUCGGGCAUGCUGCCCUGCCCGUCCGCGGGGCGAUGGUGACGUUGAAGGGGGAGUAUUUUCAUCUGGGCACGGUGGAAAAACCGCUGCCGGCCGAUAAGGAUUUGUUGCGGAUGCGUCAAGCGUGGCUGGUCAAAGCACGCGAUCUGGAUCGGCGGGCCAAUGCGCGGAGGAAGAGAAUGGGGCUGGCACCGUCCAUGUUCUCCGCUGAAAACAAGCGUGAACCAGAGCAUUUUAUCCCCAAACAGAAUUUCUCCGCGGAAGAGGAAGUGUUUGCUGACAUUGGCGGCCCGACGACCGGCGAAUACAUUGACGAUUAUCUGGAGCAACCCGUUUUAACGAAUUAUCUGGGCAAUCAGGAUAAUACUCCACAGAUCCAUCCGAUCCAAACGACACUGGCUGGUUUGCCGGAUCCUCUCCCGCGCAAUGCGGCCAGGAUCGGAAUCAGCGAACUUCUUCCCAUUCAGCGAGCGGUUAUUCCCAUCAUUCAUGAGGGCUAUGAUGUUAUUGGCGUGUCGCCCACCGGAACCGGGAAAACGGCCAGCUUCUUGAUACCAAUUAUCUGGAGAAUCCUUAUGGAAUACCGGUCUGGUCCAAGUGCCGUCGUUCUGAAGCCGCGCGCCCUUAUCAUGUGUCCUACACGUGAGUUGGCGGAUCAGAUUUGCAAGAUGGCCGUGCAGCUGUGUUACGGAACAAAGAUAUCCUCGAUGGUCAUCUAUGGAGCAAUAGAUACCGAGUAUCUGGGACGAAAGCUCUCCGAAGGCUUCGAUAUCAUUGUUGGCACUCCGGGCCGGCUUUUGGAAGCGAUAAAUAACAAAAAGAUUAGCUUUGCCCAAGUCCGUUACGUCGUGGUGGAUGAAGUGGACCGGAUGCUAUUAAAUCGUGCUUUUCCCGAGGUGGUGGCCAUAUUGGAAAGCCCGGCAUUUGUCCCGCCGAAUCGUCGCCAGACCAUGUUUUUUUCGGCCACUCUGGCCGAGCACAAAGUGAACAUUCUGCGACACCAUCAGGCUAAUCCAUUUUCCGUCCGCAUCGGGGAGCCGGGUCCUCUGGGCACUAUCGCACAAAGCUUUGAACGAUUGAAAGGAUUCAAUGAGAAGGAAAAUAAUCUGCACCGAAUUCUGGAUGAAGUUGGAGAGACUGCUAAAGUCAUCGUGUUCGUGCGGACCAAAGACAACGCGAACAUGCUAGCCGCAUCUUUGAGCGGACGGCGCGCUGCAACUAUCCACGCUGGUUUCACUCAGAAAGACCGCGUGGAGGAGAUGGAAAAAUUUCGCAACGGGGAUAACAACGUUCUUGUCACUACGGAUUUAGCUUCACGAGGCCUGGACAUUGCCGGUGUGGAUGUGGUGAUCAACUUCAGUCUGCCGAGUACCGUGGAAGACUACAUCCACCGGAUUGGCCGAAGUGGUCGCAAAGGUCACCCUGGCCGAGCCAUCAGCUUCUACGAUCCGCUGCGCCGCGCUGACCAGUAUCUGAUUGGACCGCUGAUCACGGCAUUGAAGGGCAGUUGUAUACCGGUUGAUCGCUGGUUGGAGGAGGAGGCGGACAAAGGAAUAGCUGGAUUCCAGGUUAACGAAAACGCGUCCGAUGCGAACGAUCUGGCGGACAUGAAUAUGUUUUUAAAUCCGAUUAUUUGAUUGGCAAAUCUGGCGUUUUCUUAUUCUUUUAACGACUUUUGGCAGUACAGGAUUACUUAACAUGUUUCUAAAACGCUUUUAAAUUCUUUGCAGUUCUUUUACAGGUUUUACAUGUUAUUAAUGCGAUUUAAACGAAAUUUCGCUUAGUGUAUCUGUAAGUACAGUAUUUACAAGCACAUGGUGCUGUAUUGCCUUGAGUUUACUGCGUACUUCAUUUUUAUUAAAAUUCAAUUAGGGUA